GUGACAGCUGUCUGCCGAAUCCCUGUUAGGCGAUAGAAAAGUGCUGCAAAUAGAUUGGAAGUGCGGAAAUUGAAAAGCUAACGAAGCCAUCGCCAACACAAUGUCAGCGUUAAUGAAAUCUCUGUGCUUAGCCAAGCAGCUGAGCUCAGCAAAUCCACGCCUGUCCCUUCAGAUUGCCCGCAAUCUUGCCGGCUGGAAUAAGGAUUACACUCCGGGAGCGUAUCCUAAGACCGAAAAGGAGCGCGAGGCUGCUGCCAAGAAAUACUAUCUGCUGCCGGAGGAAUACAAACCAUAUGCUGACAAUGGCUUGGGAUAUGGUGACUAUCCCAAAGUUGGCGGUGGUCUUGGCGUUGAGAACAAGGAUUCCUACUAUCCCUAUGAUUAUCCCGAGCACAAGCGCAAUUUCAACGAGCCCGUCUCAGCUGAUCAUGAUUUGUAUAGCGAGGAUCGUUACUCACAGGCGGAGAAACCACGCUACAGCAAUUCCUACUACUUUUUGAGCUUCCUGGGCGUCAUGUCCGGCUGCCUGGCGCUCUACUAUUGGCUCGAGGACAAGAAAAUGUAUCGUCCCGUCGCCGCCAAGCAAUAUCCCGCCGACGGCGUCAAGCACUACACUUUCGAGCGCUAAUCGCAUCCGGGAGGCGGAAGAAUUGAAUGGAACACAAUUUGUGAUCUACACACAUCUGCUUUUCUUUCUGAAAUUUCAUUUUCUUUCGCCUUCUGAUUGUUAAAUAGGAAAUUUACCAAUGUAAAAUUAAAAAAAAAAAGGAAAACUAA